AUGGCACUCUUGAGGGCAAGUGCUGCAUUGGCAGUAGUUCUGAUGCUACAGUCUCAUCAUGCCGCUGCUUGGGGAAAUUCAGACACUCUCUACAUUUACAACUCUGAUACUCUGGCUGAUAUAUCAGCUUCAGAAGCAUGCGUGAAUGCCAUGUCCAGCAAUGUUUCAUGCUAUGCCGGCUUGAGCCAGGCAGUCACCCAGACGACAUCAUGGUCAGCCAAUGCACUGUCGGAAAUGUGUACCAGCGGUUGCUCUUCCGCUUUGUCAAGCUAUGUCUCCUCUGUGGACGAAGCCUGCGGCACAAGUACGCAGUACAACAUCUCCGGUAUCUCACAAACUGCCUCGGAUAGAGGCAAAGAAAUGAAAUGGCGUUACGAUGCAACCUGCUUGACUGAUUCGGCUUCGGGCACCUAUUGCAACACCCUAUUCCAAAAUGCAAUUUCGAAUGGCACAACAAACAUCAAAUGCAGCGCAUGCUAUUUGGAGUAUAUGUCAGCCCUAGUGAAUUCCAAAUGGGGUCAGGAUAUUUUGCUCAGUCCGUCGGCCUUAACGAGUCAAGUAUCUUCUUGCUCGACCAGCGGAUACUCUGUGACUUAUACACCAACCUCGACUGCCUCUUCCACGGCCUCUGCCUCGGCCACUGUUGCCGCUAGUCGCUGCAACACGACUGACCCCGAUCAAACUGUUUACAAGGUUGAAUCCGGAGAUACCUGUCUUUCUAUCUCAGCAGCUCAAAAUGUCUCAACCUCAGCCUUGAUAAACUUGAACAGCCUUGAUACGGGGUGUACGCAUAUAGUUGCUGGGGCAGAGAUUUGCCUUCCCGAUGUUUGUGAGAUCUAUCGCGUUCAGGAGACGGAUACCAUUGACAAAAUCGUUGCGAGCCUAUCGCGUCAAGUCUCUGUGCCUCAGUUUGUUGCAUGGAAUGCCAAUCUCAACUCAGCGCAAAGCUCGCAGAAUCUGACGGCUGUUUCGGGGAAGUACAUCUGCGUCAGUCCUCCGGGUACUCUCACACUCCCCGAUACCCUGGCUCUUAGGCCCGCAAGCACCGCUGUGUCUCUUCCUACCGACGCAGUCACUAGCUCCAACACCGACUGUGGUCACUGGUAUCAGAUCCAAGAUGGUGAUACCUGUGAAUCCGUGUGCGACAAAUUCAGCAUCUCUCAAUAUAAUUUCAAUUUCUUAAAUCCCCAGGCCGCAUUGAAUGCAACCUCCAGUUGCGGCAGCCUCUGGAAAGGGAACAGCUACGCUAACCCAUCCACUCCACAGUGCGUUCAAGCAGUGGGUAACAUCAACACCUAUACAAGCUACAUAUCCAACACCACAAGAACACGCACAUCACUUGCUAGCACCAUGAAUCUCAACGCAACCCGAACAGCAAACCAUAGCACCACCAAUCUGUUCUGGUCAUUCCCUUCCGACCUAACCACGGCCUCAACCUGGACCCCUGAUUCAGCAUACCUCGCAUCUCUCGCGACCUACACUCUCUGCGACCAGGUCAACUCAGUGUACAACAUCACCGAUGACGAUCUAACAGACGAGAUGUACCACGAUGAAGUCUGGCUAAGUGAAUACGAGCGCGUGUGCUAUCCUCCCGUGAACGGUUCUUUCCCGACCACCGGGUUCAACUUCAGCAUUACAUUGACCGAUGAUCCAAGUAUGGGAAGCUCGACGUGGCCUAGAGGCAUCCCCUCUUUCAUUCGCCGACAUGAGGAACCCGUGGCCCGGAAGAAUUUUGAUGCCGCCUCUCGUGCAUGGAGGCAUUUUGUUCGUGAGCAGUGGGUCGGUGGCGACGGCGCGGAUCAACAGAAACGAGCGUUGAUCGAACGCUGGGCAACAGCAGACCAACAAUUCCGCGAUAGCUAUCAAUCACGAGCCCCAGAGGACGAGCCUAGUUUUUUUGAAGGUCCUGAACUUGCGGAUAAAACUUUCGGAGCCAAUGACGUUCAAAGUUCCUGCAUGGUCUACUUCUGCACCACCGAAUUAACCCCCGAGAAAGAAGCCCUGCUCGCCAAGUGUAUCCUGGGAUUAUUCCCAUGGGAAGACGGCUGGGACUUUCUAGCAGACGAAAUGAUAGUGUUUGUUCCCCCUGAAGACAAUAAGGGGAAUGUUCUCGAGACAUUUAAAUUCCAUCAAAGUGUCGCGCGACCCAACUUCCUCGAUAUGCACAUGGCGCUUGAUGGAACUGUACUUUUCAGAGACUGCUCCCCCAAGCUUAUUAUCGAUGACCGGACCCUUGAGACCGGACUAGGUCUCUGGGUUGAUUUUGCAACCAACGGUAUCUACGAGAUAGCCCGUCGGGGUCAAAUUAUGAUGGAGGAAUUCGCCCACUUUUAUCGGGAAAUCGGUCCGGGAAAUCGAGUCCCAAUAGACCAGGCGCUCAAUUACAUUGAGGACCGGGAAAUUUACAUAGACCGCGACGAAGAUGCAGAUCCAAGAGAGAUUUUGGAGGAUGAACCAGUCGAUAUGCGACGGCCGCUUGUGGAAAUCUACAAAGGGAAUGAAGUCGAUCUGGUGGAUGACUAUGCGCCAGGAUUUCGCGAGGCGGAGGAGCAGGGUGACGGUUUAGCGAUCGGAUUUGAUUUGGAAAGGAUACUUGCGAACGAUGGAAAUCCCCUGAUUGUCAGAGAUCAUGGAAGUGACCAUGAGCUAGACUUUACCAUGUACUCCUGA